UCCUUCCUUUCCCCGCGAUGUGAAGCCCAACAUGGGGAGGCGCAGCGCGGCCGCCCGCCCCGGGGCCUGAGCCCGCCCCGCCGAGAGAAGGGAGAAGAUGACCGACGACGCCCGCCCGGACGAUGACAGCUAUAUCGUUAGAGUGAAAGCCGUGGUUAUGACCCGAGAUGACUCCAGCGGCGGGUGGCUUCCGCAGGAAGGAGGCGGUCUUAGUCGAGUUGGCGUCUGCAAGGUUAUGUACCCCGAGGGCAAUGGAAGAAGCGGAUUCCUGAUCCACGGGGAAAGGCAAAAAGACAAGCUGGUGGUCCUGGAAUGCUAUGUGAAAAAGGACUUGAUUUACACGAAAGCAAACCCAACGUUCCAUCACUGGAGAGUGGACAACCGCAAGUUUGGGCUGACGUUCCUCAGCCCCGCAGACGCGCGGGCGUUUGACAGAGGCGUCAGGAAAGCCAUCGAAGAUCUCAACGAAGGAUCCACGACUUCAUCUUCCACCAUCCACAACGAGACCGAGGUCGGCGACGACGACGUCUUUACGAACGCUACAGACAGCUCUUCUAAUUCUUCUCAGAAGAGGGAGCAACCUUUGCGAACACUAGCAUCUCCCCCAUCCUGCGAGAAUCACCGAAUUUGCACCCUGGGAUAUCUCCAUGACCAGUUCAGCUCUGACCACUAUCAUCUAGAACAAUCACUUCCAAGAUCUUAUCGGCAUGUCAGCUUCCCAGAUGAUGAUGAAGAAAUCGUACGGAUCAAUCCACGGGAAAAGAUCUGGGUGACGGGUUACGAGGACUACCGCCAUACCCCUAUGCGGGGAAAGUACAUCGACCCGGACGAUGUGGACUCGUAUGUUCGGUUUGCCAAAAGUGAGGCCCCUAAACACGAUUACACUUACCCGUAUGUAGGCAACUCGGACUUUGACUUGGGGGACGAUAUCAAGGGUGCUGUCGUAAAGACUCAGCCUGCCCGGUGCAAACAAGGGCGGUGGAAGGAAGAUGGUGAAAGGUCACGAUGCAUCUAUUGCAGGGAGAUGUUCAAUCAUGAUGAAAACAGGCGGGGUCAGUGCCAGGAUGCUCCGGACCGAGUGAGGAGCUGCAUCCGCCGAGUCAGCUGUAUGUGGUGCGCAGAUACCAUGCUGUAUCACUGCAUGUCUGAUCCCGAAGGAGACUAUAUGGACCCUUGUUCUUGUGAUACCAAUGAUGACAAAUUUUGCCUCCGGUGGUUGGCCCUUAUUGCCUUGUCCUUUAUUGCCCCUUGUAUGUGCUGUUAUCCACCUUUGCGGGCUUGUUACCACUGCGGGGUUAUGUGUAGGUGCUGUGGCGGAAAACACAAAGCAGCUGGAUGACGGCGCUCAAACUUUGCGAAGUACUUAACAUUUUUGUUUCCCUUCCUUUUAACGAAGGAGCACCUUGGUCUGAAGCAUUCUCAAAUGUUAUGUACAUCUGGACACAGCACCCCGGGGAGUCUUGACGGAAUCGCCUUUUUCUCCCCCACUCCCACUUGGCUGCUAUGCGUCGGUUUGCUCGCCGAGUUCUAACAGACUAACGUGCAGCAUAGACGUUCAUAUUAUUAAUCUGUAACAGAGCAGAAUGUCCUGUACGUGUUUAUACCUUCUCCUCUCCCCCUCGCCCCGCUGAAAGAUUACAGAAGCGUGAACAUUUGAGUGUGAUGGACUUCCAAGCAUCUCGGGGUUGGUAUCUGUACGUGGUGAGCUUGUUGGGCUCUGUGGAAGCAUAACGUGGAUGGAGAUAAAUCCCACUUCAGCGCGUGUUCAACUUGCAACCAGUUAUUGCUGUUGGGUGAACAGAAGACGUGCUCGUUCACCGUGCAUAACGUGACACAGUAUUGCUGACAAUCUUUAGUGAAACAAUUUGCUCCAGCGGCGGUUUUCUUCUUUUAAAGGUCCGUUGUCAUUUCUUUUUGACAGUAACGUUCAAUGGUUUCCUAGAAUUUCAAAUCAAUCAAGUGAAAUAUUCAAUAUGAGCCUUAGUACAUUUGCGGAAUGGG